GCCUGUUUGUUCCCCUGAGGUCCUAUCCGUUAAAUCGGACCAGGUCAUUAGAAACCCAAACAAACUCAACCAUGGCAACAGCCGCAGCUGCUUACCUCUCACUUCUCCCUCCAAAACCCCAAAUCUUCAGCAAACGACAUGAAAAUCACCGUUGUCUGCUCCUACUCAAACUCUCUCGCAGAGACGCUGCCUUGCUCUCAUUCCUUGGUCUCGUCCCUUCCGCUCCUGCUUCUGCCUUCUCCGUCGGCAUCUCAGGACCGAAGGACUGGCUGAAAGAUCAAAAGAAGAAGACUGCAAAAUAUGUAUUGGCUCCUAUCGAUGCCUCCCGUGAAAUCCUUCGAUCUGCCUAUCUCUUGCUAACGGAAAGUCAAUCCGAAUUUAAGGAAGAGAAAUUAGAGGAAGUUCAAAGACUGUUAAAAUCUGCCGCUAGGGAUUGUGUUCCUCAAGAUAGAAAUUCGUUUGUUGCAUUUCAGGCUAAUACAGGAGUGGAGGUUUGCACGUUUCGUUUGAUUGUGAAGAAUGCUGCUUCCUUGCUUGAUAAAAAGGACCCUGUAAAGUUGGAAGCAGAAGCUAUUUUGGAUGAUCUUAUAAGAUCUUUCACUUCCCUUGACGGUCUGGCGAAUGAAGCUAAUGUUCAACUUGCUUCUGACAGACAGAAGGUUGCUGAUGCACUCAUGAAUACUAUAUCUUCACUUGAUAAAUUCGAGCAGGGAGUGAAGGACUGCCUUGAAGCUUGACAAUUCAGGUCUUCUUCCAGAAUUGGAGCAUUCAGGUUGUGGUCAAGGUCUUAUAGAUAUUUUUCCCUUUCAGAGAUGGUUUUUACUUGAUUUUUUUUUCUUUCUGCUUGAUUCCUGUUGCCCCUUUUCAUGGGUUUUUUUGUUAAAUCCUUGAUAGAGGCAAGGUGCCUGUAUCAUAGAAUAUCACAACUGGAACAAAUCGGUUUGGUUAUGCGUAGUUCCAUUUUAUUUUGUUUGCUUUUUUCC